AUGACAAAGGAACGCAGUAGCAGCAGCAGUAACCGACGACCAAUUGAGACCUCCCUGUCGAAUUCGUACUCAUCCGGAGUUUCGUCGCUAUCUUCGUCGAACUAUGGCGUAAAAACUAUAAGAGUUUUCAAAAAUGGUGAUCCAUAUCAUUCUGGAACUAAGUUCGUUGUAAAUCGCCGCUACGUAUGUGAUUUGGAACAUCUUCUGAAUAUAUUGAGCGAGAAAAUAGAUUUACCCUAUGGGGCAAAACGACUUUUUACCACAAAUGGCAAACUAAUCCGGCAUCUCAACGAUCUCGAAGAUAAACAAACGAGCGCUUCUACCACGUCGGAGAGGAACGGAAAGACGAAAACGAAGGAUGCCGAAAGUACAUCUCCAAAGAAGAGUGCUGAUGGAAAACCAAAGAAAAAAGUUGUGAAGAAAAAGAAGAAAAUCGAAUCUGAAGUGAUAAUUCCUGUGGCGGACGAGAAAAAGGAAGAGACAAAGGAAGAGGUCAAAGAAGUAAAAAAGGAGGAAAAAGAAGAAAAGAAGGAAGAGGUCAAAGAAGUAAAAAAGGAGGAGAAAGAAGAAAAGAAGGAAGAAGAGAAGAAAGAGGAGAAAAAGGAGGAAAAGCAAGAGCCGAAGAAGGAUGAACAAGAAGAGAUAGUCAUACCGGAGGCUAAGGAGGACACACCGCAGGCGAACGAAGAAACCCCAUCGCCGAAGAAGGACGAUCAAGCGGAGAAACCGAAUGCCAGUGAGGAUGAGAACAAGGAAGAGAAGUAUGUUUUUGAUCCUUUCCUGAUAGAAGUUCAACAUAGAGAGUUUCUACUCGAUUCUAAGUAA